GGGGAGAAGCGGCGGAGUCGGGCGAUUGCUGUGAGGGGAGCUGAGGAGGGGGUGACGGCGUCGCGGAGAGGGGAGACGGAAUCGGGGACUGAGGAAUUAGGUUAAUACUAAAACAUCUGAGAAAUGGCCACACACUUCAGAUCGACUGGGAAGAAAUGCGUAGUGAUUGGUGGCUCCGGAUUCUUAGGCCAGCAUAUGGUAGAGAAGCUACUGGACAAGGGUUACUCAGUCAAUGUGUUUGAUAUUCAGAAGAGAUUUGAUCAUGACAGAGUGCAGUUUUUCCUGGGAGACCUUUGCAACAAAGAGGCCUUACUCCCAGCUUUACAAGAUGUUUCAGUAGCAUUUCAUUGUGCAUCGCCAGCACCUUCAAGUGACAACAAGGAGCUAUUUUAUAAGGUGAAUUUUAUGGGAACCAAAGCAGUCAUUGAAGCUUGCAAAGAAGCUGGAGUGCAGAAAUUGGUGUUAACUAGCAGUGCCAGUGUUGUUUUUGAGGGGACAGACAUAAAAAAUGGAACAGAAGACCUGCCUUAUGCAAAAAAACCUAUUGACUAUUACACGGAGACAAAGAUCCUACAGGAGAAGGAAGUGCUGAGUGCAAAUGACCCAGACAACAACUUCUUCACUACUGCUAUUCGCCCACAUGGAAUAUUUGGCCCUAGAGACCCUCAGUUGGUUCCCAUCCUCAUCCAAGCAGCUAAGAGUGGCAAAAUGAAGUUCAUAAUUGGGGAUGGGAAGAACUUGGUAGAUUUCACCUAUGUGGAAAAUGUGGUCCAUGGACAUAUCCUGGCUGCAGAACACCUUCGAAAAGACUCUCCUGUGUGUGGGAAGGCAUUUCAUAUCACAAAUGAUGAACCAAUCCCUUUCUGGGCUUUCAUGUCCCGUAUCUUGACUGGCUUGAACUACGAUGCACCCAAGUACUAUAUUCCCUACUGGCUGGCAUAUUACCUGGCCCUGUUCUUGUCUCUAGUGCUGUGGCUGCUAAGUCCACUGAUCAUCAUCAAGCCCACUUUUACUCCUAUGCGGGUAGCAUUAGCUGGAACGUUUCACUACUACAGCUGUGAACGGGCCAAGAGGGACAUGGGCUACAAGCCAGUGGUGAGCUUGGAUGAAGCAAUAGACAGGACUCUCCAGAGUUACCCUCACCUACGCCGCGUUAAGGCCUGAGAAGUCCUGGAUGGAUUUUAUUUCUACUUGAUUGUCUUAAUUAUUUUGACAUCUUUACAUGAGCACUGAAGCAAAUUCCACUAAUUCUGUGAAACUGAGUUUUCCAGAUUCAUUCCUCCUCAUCACUAUCAUCAAAACAAAUUUCUCUGGGUUGGAAAAAACUUAAUGUAGUAGCUGUGCUAAUGGUUCUUUCUUCUGAUGUGGAGGACUUAUGAAUUAACACCCUCCUGUGUCCUCUUCAGUUCCAGCCCCACAUAUCAGCAUUCCUUCAUCUUUCCUCUCCACCCUUGUCCUCUGUUUUGUUGCUCUGGUGAUAACAGAUCCGUAACUGUAAGAGGUGGUUGUUGAUGAAGUACUUCACAACUGAUUCCUCUCUGUGGUUUGGCUUUUUCAAUACAAGAGUGAUGAAAUAGAGACUCACAACAAAAAGGAUCUCUGCAACCAUUUCUUCUUUUUAAACUGAGAUUGACUAUUAUUGUGGGACUGCUUUUAGAUCUCACUGUGAUGGGUUGACUUGGUCUCUUACUGAGGAACUGGGGGGGAAACCUGAGAAAAGGCAUAUUAGGCUUCUUGUAAGGAAGCACAUGCCUUUAAUUCUACAGGAGCUUGGUUCUAUUCAAAAAGAAUGCAAAUAAAGAAGAGAAAUUCCUAA